AUGACGAACCCGACGACCAACAUAGCGCUGAAGAACAACACGGGCUCGUCCAACGCCUACGCCUACGUCACGGGCCGGGACAUCAACAAGAACAAUGUGCCAAUCUUCAUCCAGUCCGAUGGCAAGACGGUGUACUACCCGGCCUCGCCCUCGGCUCCCCAGCAUGCGCUCGCGGCCGACUGUGCAAUCUCGCUCGGCGCCGCGAACUCGACCACCACCCUGACGAUCCCGCAGAUCGCCGGGGGUCGCAUCUGGUUCUGUGUCGGCGGCAAGCUGACGUUCCUGCUGAACCCCGGGCCGGCUGUCGUCGAGCCGAGCGUCACCAAUAAGGCCGAUGCCAACUACAACCUGAACUGGGGGUUCUGCGAGUUCACCUAUAACGCGUUCCAGCUCUUCGUCAAUAUCAGCUACGUGGACUUCGUAUCGCUGCCCGUCUCUCUCUCGCUACUGAACACCUCGGGCGCGACGCAGACCGUCCAGGGGCUGCCGGCUGGCGGCCUCGACCAGGUCUGCGCGAAGCUGACGCAGCAGGCGGCCCAGGAGAACGCCGACUGGGGCAAGCUAGUGGUCAAGGGGUCCGACGGCAAGAACCUGAGGGCUCUGAGUCCCAAUAGCGGCCGUGUUAUUGAUAAUUCUCUCUUCGAGGGGUACUAUCAGUCGUAUGUCGACCAGGUGUGGAGCAAAUACAUCAACCAAGACCUAAAAGUCGACACGCAAGCCCAAUGGGACACCGUUACCGCGCGCGUCGACAAGUCCACCAACCUGCUCACCUUCGCCGGCGACGCCGGCAUCACCUUCGCCCAGCCGUCCGCGGGUGACAUCUUCAGCUGCUCGACGGGGCCCUUCGGGUCGUACCCGUCCGACCACGCCGACGAGCUCGGCGCCCUGGGCGCGCGCCUCGCCGCCGCGUUCAACCGGUCAACGCUAUUAACCGACGCGAACCAGCCCGACGGCGAGAUCGUGGGGAACUAUUACAAGACGAGCCCGACGAACCACUAUGCGCGUAUUUGUCAUGAGGUUAAUCUGGAUGGGAGGGGCUAUGCGUUCCCGUACGAUGAUGUGGUUGCGUCGGGCGCGACGCAGCCGGAUCAGGCGGGCACCGUGUUUGAUGGGAGUCCGGAGCUGUUGACUGUUACUAUUGGGGGGCCGACCGGGACGAGUGCGGCGGUGAAGACGGAGGUGGGGACUGGGGAGCAGGUGGUUGUGGGGAGUGGGAAGACGGCGGAGAAGGGUGAGGUGAAGGGGGAGGGGAAUGGAAAAGAGAAGGUGAAUGGGAAGACUGGUCCGGGCUUGGCGGGCACGGUCAAGAACUGGAUGAGCUCGUUGAAGAGGAAACUGCCCAAGUGA